UUGGGCGCCUACAACCAGCAGUAAACAUCUUAGCUUCUACUGCAACCCACACCGCACAAUCCAAUUACAAACUCGUACACGCAGUUUGUGACGUCUGGAUCAUCAAUCAAAAUGGAUGCAAAGCCGCAGCGGAUCCGCGUCCGUACCGAUGAAAACGCACCUCUUGCUCUGCCCGGAAAGACCAUCCAUCAGCGCAACAAGUCCACCCCUGCGUUGUCUGCAUUGGCCCAGACUGCUGGCCUCAAGACUGGUAUGAGGCGCGCUGCAUUCGGUGAUGUGAGCAACACCACCAAUCCAGUGCGUUCUGCUAGGGACGAUUCUGCCUUGGCCGGCAAGAACCUCCCAGUCGUCCCAGAGAAGGGUGGCGUGGUUAUCCAGGAAAAGAAGCCCACUGUCCUGUCGCAGCCAGCUCAUCGUCCCUUGUCGGUUGCAGGCAUCAAGGGAAUCUUGAACAACGUGGGCCACUCUAGGUCGUCUGACAUUUCCGCAAGACAAAGCUCCCAGCCUACUGCGAAUGCCCGGAAGCUCCUCACCAAGCGAAGCAACGCUGUCUUCAAAGAUCCUGUCCCUAGCUUGCCCGCCACCAAAGAGACUGUUGAGGUGUCUACGGAGGAGGUCAAAGAGGACAACGCAUCACAGAAUAUCGCUCCGAGUCAGAAGGAAGACACAAAGGAUAGCGAGACAUCAGAGACUCAUGUCGAACUCUCUAGCGACGUUGAAGCCCCAGAGAAAUAUUCAGCUGUCCGAUCUGAUGGACUCAUCAUCGAUGAGGAGGCUGAAGUCAAGAUCUAUGGCGAUGCCUGCGGCGUGCAGGAAUCGAAGGGAACCAAAAACGACGCGGCUCGCACGGCCAGCGUCGAUGUGGGCGAUCAAGACAUUGCUAUCCCUGUCAGCAAGAUACCAAACGACUCGAUCAAUCUAGCACAUGCGCGAUAUGAACACGGACCCGCCAACUCAGAACCGGAAGAAUACUGGGACGACGAAGACGACGAGAACGAGGAGGACGAUGGCUAUGUUACAGCACGCUCCUACCGCUCACGUGGGGACAAUACAACUGGAGGUGCAACCACUGUCUUGUUCCCCAAGUACAACCAGAAGGUCAAGCGUGAAAUAGCCAUGGCGAAACAAAUUGUCGAAGCUACUCGAACCCAGGAGGACAUCGACGACGAAGACUGGGACACCAGCAUGGUUGCAGAAUAUGGCGAUGAGAUCUUUGAGUACAUGAGGGAGAUGGAGAUCAAGAUGCUGCCGAACGCAUACUACAUGGACAACCAGGCGGAGAUCCAGUGGUCAAUGCGCUCCGUACUCAUGGACUGGCUGGUGCAGGUUCACCACCGCUUCUCACUGCUUCCAGAAACCCUUUUCCUUUGUGUCAACUACAUCGACCGUUUCCUUUCCUGCAAGAUCGUCUCGCUUGGAAAGUUGCAGCUUGUGGGUGCGACAGCGAUAUUCAUUGCUGCCAAGUAUGAGGAAAUCAACUGCCCAUCUGUGCAGGAGAUCGUCUACAUGGUGGACGGCGGCUAUACUAUCGAUGAGAUCCUCAAGGCCGAACGCUUCAUGCUCAGCAUGCUCCAGUUUGAGCUUGGCUGGCCCGGCCCAAUGAGCUUCCUUCGGAGAAUCAGCAAGGCUGACGACUACGACCUCGAAACGAGAACCCUAGCCAAGUACUUCUUGGAGAUCACUAUCAUGGAUGAGCGUUUCGUCGGUAGCCCGCCAAGCUUUGCUGCUGCUGGCGCCCAUUGCCUUGCGAGAAUGAUGCUCCAGAAGGGAACCUGGACUCCUGCUCACGUCUACUACUCCAACUACACGUACUCUCAGCUGUACCCGCUUGUGUCUCUUAUUCUUGAGUGCUGCGAGAACCCUCAAAAGCAUCAUUCCGCCGUCUUCGAGAAGUACACGGACAAGCGCUUCAAGCGCGCCUCUCUCUUCGUCGAAGCUGAGAUGAAGAAAGGUUUUCGCCUUCCUGAAACGCCCAAGGAUAGCUCAGCUGUCAGUUCUGCCGCGCCGCGGACUAUGGUUACUCCUGGAAGCGCAGGUAGACGGAGCAGAAGUCCUCAUGCUUACAUUUUUACUACGGAAGGUCACGACGCGUACGAUUACAUGACACUCACAUGUGAUAUCACUUCCGGACACGGUCUCUGGGUCUUAUCUAUCCCCAAACUUCACUAUGUCCCUUUGCAGCACCGUUCAGCAUAUCUUUUUCUUUUUUCCAUAUCAACAUCAAGAGACUUGGUUCCUUUUUUUGCCAGUUUCUUGGUUGAGACCCUUUCGUGAAUAGGGAUGAGGCAUGUGGGCAAAGUUGCGGUUACUCGAUUCGCACCUCAACUGGCGACUAGUACUACCUACGCACGUCCC